AUGAAGGGGCAGCAGAGGGCAGCGGAAGCAGGAGACAAGGCCGCGCAGGUUCACAAGGGAGCCGUGGUUUUGGGGAAGGACCCAGCGGGCGAGGCCAUGGCCGGCCUCUACUCAGCCGCUUCCUUUCCUGUGCUCCAAGUCAGGUAUGUCUUCAAAGCCAACCAUGAGAACCAGCUGACGUCCAGGGUGGCCCAGGUGUCUGAGGGGCAGGUGGAUGGCCAGACAAAAGGCCCUGGCACCAUCAGUGGCCACCCUGACGCUCAGCCCACGACCCACGCGGCCAUCCAGACUGCUUUCACCAGCGAUGCUGCAGCUGACACCAAGGAGACGGCUGUUGGGCCUUACUGUACUUACUUCCUCAGCCUUGAAGUGGAAGAUAGGAAAGGAGGCACUACAUCCGGGUCUACAGCUGCCACUGUUAGCAGGAGGCGAGCAACUCCUCCUUUCAACGGGCCGCUCUUGAUGACGUCACCACAGGAAGUGCUGGGAGGAAGCCUACAGUCAGUUGUCCCCAGAAGCCACCCAUAUUACCCCAAACCACGGUCUCCCUGGACAACUCAAGAUGUGGAACGUAGGAUUCAACAUAAUAAAGUGGAGCGCCGCUGCCAAGACAAGAUCAACAGCUGGAUCAUGGAGCUGGCCAAGAUCAUCCCAGACUGCUCUAUGGAGUACCCCAAGUCUGGCCCCAGUAAAGCUGGAAUUCUAUCCAAAGCCUGGGAGUAUAUCCAGGAGCUUCGACAGAGUAACCAGUGGUUGUCUGAAGAAACACAGGGACUAGUUCAACUGCAGCUGGACAAUGAUGACCUUCGACAACAGGUUGAAGAUCUUAAAACUAAGAAUCUGCUGUUACGAGCUCAGUUGCAACACCAUGGGUUAGAGGUCAUGAAUGACAGCAAUUUGCAGGGUGCCAGUUCCAGAGGCUCAUGCCUGUAA